CGGCUCCGCGUCAUCGUCACCGCUGCCACCGUUGUCACCGCUGCCACCGCUGCCACCGCUGCCACCGCGGCCACCGCGGCCAUGGCCUUCGUCCCCGCACCCGGCUACCAGCUUUACAACCCGCCGCUGCCCCACGUGUCCCCCGUGGUCGGGGGGCUCCGGCCCGGCAUGUCCAUCUACGUGCAGGGCGUCGUGCCGCCCCACGCCGACAGGUUCCGGCUGGAUCUGGGGGGCGACGCGGGCGCGGACGUGGCGCUGCACGUGAACCCCCGCUUCGGGCGCGAGGCGCAGGCCGUGCUCAACAGCCGGGCGGGCGGGCGCUGGGGUGCCGAGCAGCGCCGGGACCUCGGCGCCCUGGCGCCCGGGCGCCCCUUCGAGCUCGUCGUCACCGUCACCCCCAGCGGCUACCGGAUCCUGCUGAACGGCAGCGACUUCGCGGAGUUUCCGCACCGGCUCCCGCCGGAGCAGGUCACCGCCGUCACCGUGGACGGCGACGUGGAGCUCCAGGCCGUCACCGUGCUGGGCGGCCGCGGGAUGUUCCCCCCAGCCGCGAUGCCGGGUGUGCCGCAGCCCAUCCCCUACCAGCAGACGCAGCUGCCGAUGAUGGAGCAGCCGCCGACCUUCCACCCGCCCGUCCCCUUCGUGGCCACCAUCCCGGGGGGGCUCACGCCCAAGAAAACCAUCGUGGUCAAGGGCUUCAUCCCGCCCAACGCCAACAGGUUUCACAUCAACCUGCGGGCGGGCCGGGGGGGGGACGUGCUGCUGCACGUGAACCCCCGCCUGGGCGAGGGCUCCCUGGUGCGCAACAGUUUCCUGGGGGGCAGGUGGGGCGCCGAGGAGCGCGAGCUGCCCCACAACCCCCUGCAGCGCGGCUGCUACUUCGACCUCUCCAUCCGCUGCGGGAACCAUCGCUUCAAGGUGUUCGCCGAGGGGCAGCCGCUCUUCUCCUUCGCCCACCGGGCGCCCGCCGGGCCCCACGUUGACACCCUGGAGGUGGAGGGCGACGUCGUCCUCUCCUACGUCCACUUCUGAGCCCCCCGGCCUGCCCCACGGCGCAGCCCGGCCCCACGGCACAACCCCCCGGCCAGCCCCACGGCGCAGCCCGGCCCCACGGCGCAGCCCAGCCCCACAGCGCAGCCUCCAGCCAGCCCCACGGCGCAGCCCGGCCCCACGGCACAACCCCCGGCCGGCCCCACGGCGCAACCCCCGGCCAGCCCCACGGCGCAGUCCAGCCCCAUUGCUCAGCCUCCAGCCAGCCCCACAGCGCAGCCCGGCCCCACGGCGCAACCCCCGGCCGGCCCCGUGGCGCAGCCCAGCCCCACAGCGCAGCCUCCAGCCAGCCCCAUGGCUCAGCCCAGUCCCACAGCACAGCCCAGCCCCAUUGCUCAGCUCCCAGCCAGCCCCACAGCUCAGCCCAGCCCCAUUGCACAGCCCCCAGCCAGCCCCAUGGCUCAGCCCAGCCCCAUAGUGCAAUCCCCAGCCUGCUCCAUGGUGCAGCCCGGCCCCAUUACACAGCCCCCAGCCUGCCCCGUGGUUCAGCCCAGCCCCAUUGCACAGCCCCCAGCCUGCCCCACAGUGCAGCCUGGCCCCAUGGUGCAGCCCCCAGCCAGCCCCAUGGCACAGCUCGGCCCCAUAGCUUGCCCUGCCCUACAGCUCACCCCACAGCCAGCCACAUAGCAAUGGCCAGAGCUCUCUGCACAGCCAGCCCACAGCCUGCCCAUAACUUACCCCACAGCUGGCCCCACGGCAAUGCCCCCCCCCCCAAUAAAGUUGUUGUUGCACAGAA